AUGCGUCGCUUCGAACGGAUUUAUCAUGUAGUAGAGCCCGUUGAAGAGGACUUGCAGCAUGUUGUGUUGAAAAUAUUAAAGUCAAAGGCGUCUAAAGACAACAGAGAGCUUUUCUCCCUUUUUACUCUGUCAGGUUUCCAUACGGACCAUGCUGGAAAGGGACAUGUGGUUGAAAUACUCGAUUACUUCUCUUAUACAGGUCUGAAUAGAACGCAAUUGUGUCUUGUUUUCCCAGCGAUGAUAUCCGAUGGGGAAGUAAUAACGAUCAGCGGAAACCCGCAAGGGGUAGGAUGUAUCCAGACUGUCUCUUGUCAGAUCCUACUGGGGCUUGACUUCCUUCAUCAGUCAGGCAUCGUCCAUUGUAAUUUGCAACCAGCAAACAUCCUAUUUACAGUUGCCGGGUCCAAUGACAUGGAAGAGCUGUUGCAGCCUCCCGAGUUCAGUCCCGUCAGAUGGUUACCAGGAGUGGCUGAAGACGACAGCGCCCCCAGAUAUCUAGUGCUUACGCAAAGGCGUCGAGGGCAUUUCGAUAAUGCAGAUUGCUCAACAAUCGAGAUUAGGAUUGGGGAUCUGGGUGGAGCUCAAUAUAUACGACACUGUGACCAGCAGCCAGUAACACCUCUAGGCUUGCGUGCAACCGAGCUGAUAGGAAAAGAUAUUGAUGGCACUACUAUCGAUAAAACCAUACACAUUUGGACCUUAGGUUGUCUCAAGCUAUUUAAACUUGCAACAAAUGAGCCACUGUUUCCUCUGGAUACAUUCGGUCUUACACGCGAAGAGAUAGACAGUGGCCACUGUUCUCUCAUUACUCGAAGAGUCGGUUCGAACAGUCACGGGGAUAGUAAAUUGAGAAGAUACCUGAGUAAAAGGCUGCCGAGUAACUUUGGUGCUGAGAGUGUGGAGAACUCGGCAGCAUUCCUUUCACUCAUGUUACAAAACAGCCCUCGGGACCGACUGCCGGCAAGAGACCUACUUCAGACACCGUUCGUAUCAUCUGCAUCUCAUUAUUAA